AUGCCUGUUGGAAUUGCGCAAGUUGUCAACGGCAUCGAGACCGCUGUUGACUAUGAAAACUUUGAAUCCAAACGCCGAUUCAUGGUCCUAGGAAGAUCGCCCUCACAGUGUGACAAUGGCAUACUACCCAGCUCAGACACAACGGAUGAUACUCUACCUUGGUAUGAUGCCCACCGAGACGACAAGUACAUCUGCAUCAUCGCCCUAGGUGUGGAACUACAUUUUUCAGAGCGCGACGGAGAGUUUUACAUAAUUACCGAUUCUGGACGCCAUAUAUCCUUAGGAUGGUUGACCAAUGGUACCAGAUAUGUACUGAGGUUCGAUCAUCUAACGCGGCCGCAUGGGAGCGAUGGCCUACGAAUUACAAUCUACAAGUAUGAAGAUGCGAUGAAGAGUUCUAAUAGGGAGAUUAGUGAGGCUGUCUUGAAGAGCUACGAGGCGAUUGCUGCCACGGUUAUUUCGUACACCUAA